AUGGGCCGGUAUGUGGAGGUGAAUCCUGACAAACUGUCAUCAUCAGACCUGGCUGAGAAGGCAAAGGGUGUACAGCGGAAACCAGUCCUUCUCUCCGACCCAAGGAUGGAGCUGGUUGUUGCAACCCACGUCGGCAUAAACCUCGGCCAGUACUUCAAAAAGUUAAUAAUCAGAGAAAUUGCUGGAGUGCAGGUGUGGGAUGCCGGCAAUGAUGUCAAGGAGUAUAUUGAGGACGCCGAGAAGCACCUUCAUGAUCAAGUGCGAGCCACCAUCGGUCUAGCUCCAAUCUUGAAGAUGCCAGGAAAUUACGCGAGGGCUCUCUUUGCCGCUAGCAAUGAAUCAACCUUUCUCGAGCUCAUCCCCAACCAAGACAGAAGGAGUCAUCUUCAGUCAGUUCUAAGAGAUUUCUGCUUUUUAAGGAGGAUUUAUAGGGAGAGAAACCAGAAGCUGAAGAAUUUACAAAUUACAAGUCUACGGCUGUCAAUAUGGGGAAGAAACUCAUUGAUAAUUUCAGUACUAUGUUUCCUGGCCGAACUACAUUAUCUCCAUAAAAUGAUUGAGCAUGUGCAAGAAGUACUAAAGGAUCCACAAGGUCCUGGCAGCAUUGGUUUACUCAGUGGAGAAGGAAAUGAAGCUGCCAACAAGCUUUUCAGACAUCUUAGGAAACAUGCAGCAAGGAGAGGAGUUAUGACGGACUGA